CGACUCUGAACCACGGCGCCUCUCACCGGCCAGAGCAGAGCCAUGGGAGGGUGUGAGAGCUACUUUGCGGCCGCUGAAACAAGCGAGGAUUCCCCUGAAGCUACUGCAGGAAAGCCAAGGAAGAUGAGCCUGAAAGCUGCUCCCCCCCUGGGCCAGAAGCCUUACUUGCUGGAUGCCUAUACUGCUGAGAGUCUCUGUCCGGUGGACAUGCGCUCGCUGUGCACUCUGCCCGACGGCGUGGACAAGGCCGAGUGGAUCGCCAGCCACACUGUAGCCUUCUUCCAGCUCAUCAACCUGCUCUCCAGUGCCCUGUCUGAGUUCUGCACCACAAGGACCUGCCCCACUGCCAGUGGCCCUGGCAACAGGACCUUCCACUGGACAGACGAGGACGGCAAGAAGAUCAGCUGCUCUGCUCCCCUCUACACCGGCUACAUCAUGUGCUACAUCCAGGAGCUGCUGGCCGAUCAGGAGGUUUUCCCGUCAAAGUCAGACUCUUCCUUCCCCAUGGGCUUUACCUUCCUGGCGCAGAGGAUCUUCCUCUACCUGUUCCACAUGCUGGCGCACCUGUACUGGGCCCACUUCCAGCACAUAGCUGCCCUGGAGAUGCAGCCCCACCUCAACACAGUCUUCACCCACUUCACACUGUUCAGCCGGGAGUUCCAGCUGUUGGACUGGGCGGACACGGAGCCACUGGAGGACCUCAUCUCAGCCCUGACCCGUCACCAGGACAUGUGAGCCGCGAAGCAGUGGGGCGACGCUCCGGGCAGCUGUGCUGGGUCGGAGAUGCCCAGAGGAGCUUUGAAGGUGAUCUGCUUCUGGACGCAGAGGCCGUCUGCGGACUUCUGUCCUGGUGUGUGUGGUGGGACGCCGCACUGUGGUACUCGCCCCCAGCUACAGCCACUCAGCUGAUAAUGCCACACAUUCAUGCCACACCGAAGCUGAUCCCUCAACUGUACAUGCUGAGAGAGAACCCCUCCCCCCCGAACUCUCCCUCCAGAGGAACCCACUGGUUAACCUCGGAUACCCGGCCUUCACAGGCUAGCAUUUCCUGUUUAGGCCCAUUAAUGUUAAAAGGUUUAUCUUCUGCAAGGGUAAGAGGUUGAUGAUAUAUUAGUGCAGCAGCAAUGUGAACAUUUUGGUCAGUCCCAGUGACAUUUAUCUAUUAAUGAUACUGAUUAGCUGGUAAUCUCUGAUCUUCACAAAUUUGUAGUGAAACAGAUAUCAGAAAUGUUACUCCGUAAAAUCCUGUCGGUAUGUGCAGUGACCACAUCAUAUAAAGCAGGGGGUCAGGCUGUUAUGCAGACUUUUUAAAAUCUGUUUAGGAAAAUAAAAAUGGGUAAAAACUCGUAAAACUGAAAUGGAAAUCAGAUUAUAUUGUUGUGACAAUUCAAAACCGAAACCAGAAAUACUUCAUCCACUUUUGUCUUUUUUUUUUUUUUAAUCCUAAAAAAAUGUACAUAACAUAUUAUGGCUUUGAAAAGCCUGCAGAUUAACCUAAAGAAAACUUCAAUAUAUACAGUAGGGUGGUCCUGUGAGGGUGGCCAGGAGUCACAUUUUAAAUCCACAGUGUUUUAU